CUCUCCCUUACAGCACACCUGCUACAGUGGCUGUUGAGCUGCCUUGCCGCCCAAACGUUUGGCGCUGUGGAGACGCCCGGCCUUGCCUUUGCCUGGUUUUUUCUUGCACAAAACCACCAAAUUUCGCCCGCCCUCUUUUCCGCUCCCUUUCUUCUUUUCUCGCGACAAAACACUCCCCCCCAAAACCAACACAUUAAAAGGCCGGCUUUUCUUCCCCGCAGCGAAGAAACAGACGCAAAGAUGCCUAAGAACAAGGGAAAAGGUGGCAAGAACCGAAGAAGAGGUACCAAGGAGAACGACGAUCAGCGUCGUGAGUUGACCUUCAAGGAGGAUGGUCAGGAGUACGCCCAGGUCGUCAAGAUGUUGGGUAACGGCCGUCUCGAGGCCCUCUGCUUCGACGGUACCAAGCGUCUCGGUAACAUCCGUGGCAAGAUGCGCAAGAAGGUCUGGAUCAACCAGGGUGACAUCAUCCUUCUCUCCCUGAGAGAUUUCCAGGACGACAAGGGCGAUGUUAUCCUCAAGUACACUGCCGACGAAGCCCGUACCCUCAAGUCCUACGGUGAGCUCCCCGAGCACGCCAAGAUCAAUGAAGCCGAACAGUUCGGCCAGGGCGAGGAGGGCGAGGCCUACUUCGAAUUCGGCGAUGCCGACUCCGAUGACGAGGACGACUCUGAUGAGGAGAAGGCCAAGGAGAUUGACAUUGACGACAUCUAAAGCGGCGGCUUCCUUGACAAAGUCUCUUGGAGCCCCUUAGUGUUUGUCUUUGUUCUUGCUCUUUCUUUCCUUGCACCUUCACAACCACGCUGCGCUCUCGCUUGGUUCCCCGCAAACGUGCGUGUGCGCAGUACAACUCAAUACUCUACUAGGCUGUCUUCUCUCUCAAACCAGCCGCUUUCUUGCAUUCUUAUUUAGGGUUCUUCUAGCUAGGAUGUGUGGCUGGUCCCACGACAGUAGUUGGGGGUGUAAGCUUGGAUGGGCCGUGGUGGGAGAGACGUCGCGGCUCGUCGAAAAACAAAACUCUGUUAAAAUUCAAAGAAGAAUAAUAACAAAAAAAACCAAAUAAAACUUUGGUGUUCUGAUCAUUAAACCAACAUGUCCAAACCACCUUGCUUAGUAUCGCGUGACUCUAGACAACAUCUUGAUCAACAUGAUAUUCAUUCCAUUGUUUUAUAUAUGUACCCUUCCUAACCCUUCUUCCUUCCAGGCCAAUCCAAGAGCACCAUUAUCCCAUGCCACAUUUUUCACCAUUGCUUUAGCAUCCGUAGUCCACAUGUACCGGUUUUGGCAUUAUUUUAUACACGGCCUGCGACGAAACACUCUCCGCAUCUCAAUACAAGGCUAUUAGGAGAGAAUGACGUCGCCCAGCAUCCAGCAAAUAGUCGCUAGCAUAACUGUAUUUUUGUCGUAUACUUAGUCCCAAUCAUCGCCGUCGUCCUCGUCAUCUGUUACGGUUAGUCAGUUUCACUGCGUUGCGUUUGUUUUUAAGGUUAAUGGACAAAACUUACCACUCUUGCUAACUUUAUCCUUGCGAGCUUUGAGGGCUUGCGCCAGCGCGUCGGCCAUGCCACCGCCUGCUCCAGCAGCUGCGCCGGUAGCAGCAGCCGAAGCAACGGAAUCACCAGCGCCGCCAGUCUGCGCGGAGCUGCGAUCUCUGAUCUCGCUCUUGUCAACCUUCUUGAGAGACAUGAUGCCUCCAGCCUUUUGAAUGUCUCCAAGCAUAGCAGAUCGUCCGGCGUUGGCGGCGGGAAGUGAUGGAGCUGGUGCACCACCCGGAGGGGGAGGAGGGGGGGCAGGAGGCCCAGAGUCGCGACUUGGCAUUGGUGGAGGAGGAGGAGGAGGAGGAGGGACUCCCGAAUUUCGGUUCGGCAUGGGAGGAGGGGCAGGAGAUGAUGACGAGUGUCUGCUAAACAGGCCACCGAGGAGGCUAGGUUUCUGGGGUUGUGCGCCGCCUCCGAAUGGCGUGGAUCGCGUCGCUCUGCUGGCAUUCUUCUCUCGGUCGUCCAUUUUCUUUCGGAACUGCUUGGCCUCUUUUUCGUCGACGAAGCUAAGGGCCGCAAGGCACUCUUCGAGCUCGAAUGUAUGGAAAAAGGUUCGGUCCUGGUUGUAGUGCCAUGUGUCAAAGAUUUCUUGGUCCCAGAUAACGCCUCGGUUGGAAGGCUGAUUGACACAUUAGCAAAUCAAAGAGCAAAAGUUAUAUAUCACCAGUUCAGGUUAGGCUACUCACCGAAAUAUCCACCAUUUUCAGCCAGUACGUGUUGCCAACCAAGUCAUUAGCUAGGACAACAGCGCCCUGAAGCCCCGUAUACGUCCACUUAGUAGGAUCCGGAUGGGCAACAUAGAGUCUUGCGACGGCAACAGCCUGGAUCUUGUUGGACUGCUUGGGGACAAAGCGCUUGACGGUGUCCUUGUCGUCAUCGUUGAGGAUGGACGGCAUGGUGACGAAUGCCGUCUGAGGGGGGAGGUUGCGGGGGAAGGAGGAGAAGCGGCUGCGUCAAGCUUUGCAGCAAAUCGGGCUCGGCU